AGAACGUUAUUUUAAAAUAAUUAUAAGCAUUGUACGUAUUAAUGCUAAUUGAUAUUGGAUUAGUGUUGCUCGGUAAUGUUAAACAUCGCGUUUUAUUUUGAAUAUAUAACUUAAUAAUUAUGUUUUUUUAUAAUUAUGUAUCUGAAAGAUGUAACCAAAAAUGGUUCAAGUCUUUGCUAAAUUUUCGAAUCGUCAAUAAUGUAGAUUUCUGCAUCAGCGGUUGUCAUAGCAAUGAAGUUGUCAACGAGUAUAACCUAACCGCUAUUUCGAAUUGUCAAAUCAGUUAUUACUCUCAUUAUUGCAACAAAAUGUAAAUGGAAAAUCGUGGAGCAAGUAAAUGGGCAUUGCCGCAUUGAAAUUGCGUUCCAUCGCGUUGAGGCAAAUAGGAAAUGGCAUAAUCCGUCAACGGCGAUUCCUGCACAUCGUUCGACACAACGUAAACCGCGGCACAUUUUACGUACAGCUAGACGAUGAAUCACGAGCAGUAUUACGAUAUAAAACUGAUAGGAAAGUGUUGGACAUGCAAUCGGUUACUGUGCCUACAAAAUACAAAGGUCAAGGUCUGGCACGACUUUUAGCUGAGACAGCGUUCACGUAUGCUAUAGUGAACGAUUACUACAUGUACUUGAGAUGCGAGUACCUGCAGAAGUAUUAUCGCGCAGUGAAAAAUUCUGAUCUGGAAGAACGCAUUGUGGGUCCGCCUGACAUCCUGGAUGGUCCCAACUCGACCGCUCUGCAUCCUGAUACUGUUUAUGAAUUGCCGGAUCCCGAAGACUUCAAGUUCUAACUUCAAUACAAGAGUUGAGUUUAAAAAUUAAAAAAUUGUAACAAAGAAAAAACUAAAAAAAUGGAGGAGGCAGAAUACGUGGCUCUGAUCGAGUGGUACUGCCGCCAGCGUUACUACAACGGCAUGCUGGCUCAAGCAAAGCAGGCGCGCGACGCUCAUCCUGGCAGCGAGCGUCUGCGUCUGUUGCUCUGCCUGGCGUACGUUCUUAUCGGGAAGAGCCACGAGGCCGUGAAGGAGAACACAAGUCUGCUGAACCAAGCGGACUUCACGCUACCGGCAUUACUCGUGCAGAGCGUCGCCUUGGCGGACGGCGACGUGGAGAGGAGUACCGUGAGCCAGAUAGAAAACAGGAUCCGGGACGAACGCAGAAGAGCCUCCUGCGUCGCGCUGUGCCUCGCGACGUCUGUGUUGAUCCUCUCGCGCAGAGCCGACAAGGCGAAAGAAUACGUGGACAGAGCGUACAAGCUGAAGCCUACGAAUGUUAACGUGCUACUCGUCAAGGGAUGGCUGGAGCUCAAUCUGAGGUCCGGCGCGGACAUCGCGGAAACGGGGAGCUUUUUCGAUUCGGUGCUGAAGGAGGAAUCGAGGAAUCUGAGCGCGCUGUUGGGCUCCGCGGAGGUGAAGCGACGCGCCGGCAACCACUCGGAGGCUGUGUCGAUACUGAAUUCCCUGGUUGUGCGCUAUCCUAAGCUGCCUCUGCCGCUAAUAGAGAAGACAAAGUGCCUGCUGGCGGCGAAGGACUGGGAACAGGUGUUGGAGAUGGUGAACCGAGUGCUCGUGAUCGAGUCGAACAACCUGGACGCCAUCAAGGCGAGCUCGGUGGUAGCUUUUUGCCGAGAUGGUAAUCCCGGCGAAGGUCUGCCGCAGCUGCAGCUGUUCCUGCGCAAUCUGUCGCUCGCCGAAUCGCGGAACGUGCUGCUGCUGAUCGACAAUCUACGCUUGUUCACCGGCGUAGCGUUCCAGGAUCACGGAAUUCUGUCGGAGCUGGCGCGAGCGGCUGAGAAGAUGCUGCAGGCGACGUCGUCGGGCAGCGCGGAACUCAUGUCGGAGCUGGGCGACCUGUACAUUGCACUCGGCAAUACCAAAGACGCCGAGCGCUGGUACAAGAACGCUAUUCGCGCGGAUCAGUCCUCCUUCGCGGCCCUCAUGGGACUGGCUCAUUGCCAACUGCUGCACGGAUCUGCGGACGAUCUGGACCAGGCGCGCCAGCAGAUAGACAUCAUGAUGGAAAUUCAGCCGCAUUCGACAAACGUGCGGCUGCUGCUCAUGUCUGCCAAGAUUGCCGCUAAUGAAGAUAACAGGAAGACACUUAAUUAUUUGGAUGCGGCGGCAAACCUCUUGCUAAAAAAUUGCGAGGGCCUGCCGUACGGCUACGAAUAUCUCAGCGAGCUGAGACCCGAUCUGUGUCUCGAAAUUGCAAAGCAACGUUUGAUGUAUUCCCUGAAUAAAUCACCGAUGAGCGAUGAGCUGGGCAGAGCAAUGGAGAAAGAACCGAGCGUUCACUUGCUGGAGCGAUUAGUGGAGGCCUGUCCGGGUUCCAGCGCGGCUCUGCUACUCCUCAGCAGAGCGAAGAUGCAGAGCGGCGACUACGACGGCGCGUUUGUCCUGCUAAGGACACUGGACGCAGUGGAACCAUCCAACGCACAGGCACAUCUCGCAAUGGCGCAGAUCCUGGCUUACCAGGGCAAGUAUCAGCUCGCCUCGCAGAGUCUGGAAGUCGGUCUGAGCUACAACUUCAAGAUCCGCGACGAGCCGCUCUACCAUCUAAUCAUCGGCAUGGUGCAACGCGAGGCCGGCGACUUGGACAGCUGCGUGAAGAGCUGCCAGACGGCGAUGUCGCUGGCGGGAUUGACCGGCAACGUCAGCAGGAAGUCCGACAUGUCCACGUCGGACCGCGCGAGCUUGUACCUCGAACUGAUCACCGCGUACAGCAAGGCGAGGCGCUUCGCCGAGGCACUUACGCUUGUCGAUGAGGCGAAAAUGAAUCUUGCCGGCACCGCUGAGCUCGGCAGGCUCACCAUCGGCGCCGCCGGGGUUCAUCUAGACAUGGGGGAGCUCGAAAACGCCGUCGGCUCCUUACAGAGUAUUCAUCCCGGACAACCGUAUUACGUUCAGGCGCACACCAGGCUGGCCGAGAUCAACCUGAACUACAGAAAGGACCGUCAGGCGUUCGCGAAGUGCUUCAGAGAACUGGUAGAACACUGUCCAGGACCGAGGACAUAUAGCAUGUUAGGCAACGCUUAUAUAUCCAUACAGGAGCCCGAGAGAGCGAUAGAGGCGUAUGAGCAGGCGCUCUCGCAGAAUCCGAUUGACAAAGUGGAGAUCGCGAACAAGAUGGGCAAGGCGCUCGUCAAGGCGCAUCAAUACGCGAAGGCGAUCACCUAUUACAAGGACAUAGUAAAACAGGACAAUUGCGCCGCUCUGAAGAUAGAUCUGGCGAAGCUGUACAUGAAGAUGAAGCAGUACGACAAGGCGGAGGCGACUCUGGUGCAAGAACUUCAAGACAAGCGAGGCGAAUCCGACAUCCUGAGCCUGGAAAUGCGAGGGCAAGAGCUGCUAUUGCUCGCUAAAGUGCGCGAGAAGUCGGGCAACGUUAGGGGCGCGCUGGCGACAUUGAAGGAGGCCAAGGAGAAUCAACAUAGAUAUAUUCAGCGUCUUAGUGUCUCGCCGGACAUUGCGGAUCAGAAGCACGCACUGGCGAACAUCUGUCUGACGAUGGCCGAUUACGCAUCGACCUUGCGGAAUUAUGACGAAGCCAUAAUAUAUUAUAAAGAAGCGUUAGCUCACAAGCCUACGGACGUAAACGCUCUGCUUUCUCUGGCGAAGCUAUAUAUGCAGAUGAACAAUUUAGACCGAUGCGCGCAGAAUUGUUCCAUCCUGCUGAACGCUGAUCCCAACAACGAGGCUGCAUCCGUGAUGAUGGCGGAUCUCGCGUUUCGCAAGGUGGACUUCGAGACCGCAGCGUUUCACUUCCGACAGCUGCUGAUACGUCAACCGACUUACUGGACUGCCCUAGCAAGAUUGAUAGAAGUGUCGCGCAGAACAGGUGCUAUGGACGACCUCGACGAAUGGCUGCAGCGCGCGCAGGUCGCGAUGGGCGCCGGCAACGUCGAGGCCGGUUUUUAUUACUGCGCCGGAUUGCUGGAUUGGCGGACUGGUAAAUUGAACUCCGCUCUUCGCAACUUCAACUAUGCGCGACGCGACCCAGAAUGGGGCCAGCAGGCGAUCUACAACAUGAUCGAGAUCUGCCUGGAUCCCGACGACGACACUACUCUGUCGAACGAGGCAUUCAACGACGAGGACGCCGAGUAUCAAGACUCGAGGACGAUGGCUCUGAGAACGGCCUACCGAUUACUCCAGGAAUUGAAUCCCAAAGGCAGUCCUCACGAGGAGCUGACGCACAAGCUGCUCAGCGAUUUCUUCCUGCUGGCUACCAAGCAGAAAUCGAAUAUCGAAAAGGCUUUGCAAGACUGCACCGCGCUGGCCAGCCAAGAGACUUUGCGGGAUCACGUAGGGCCUGCACUUGGCAUGGCCACCGCUCACAUCCUGCUGAAGCAAACGCCGCGCGCCCGCAAUCACUUGAAACGCGUCAGCAAAAACAUUUGGACGUUCGAGGACGCUGAAUAUCUGGAACGCUGCUGGCUGCUACUGGCGGAUAUCUACGUGCAAUCCAGCAAGUACGAACUGGCGAAUGAGCUGCUGAAGCGAGUGUUGCAGCACAACGCUACCUGCGUGCGAGCUCAUGAAUUAUCAGGAUACAUCGCCGAGAAGGAUCAGAAUUACCGCGAGGCGGCGACGAGGUACGCCCACGCGUGGAAAUGCGGCGGCAAGACGAAACUGUCGAUCGGUUACAAGCUGGCCUACUGCUGCCUGAAGGCGAAAGCUUACGCGGACGCCAUCGAAGCGUGCAAUGAAGUGGUGAACCAAAAUACGGAUUAUCCGAGAAUCAGGAAGGACAUUCUGGAAAAGUGUAUCAAUAAUCUUCGCACGUGAAAGCUUGGACUCGUUUAGUUUGGGACUCGUAUAUUGACGGUUUGUUUAACAAUUAUUUGUUAUUUUGUUACACGUUACAUAUACAUCCGUCCUGUUAAUCCGUCCGUUAAUCGAUCAAAGUGUUACAGUUAGAACGAAUCAAGAUGGCACAGUGAUAUUUGAAACACUCAAUUAUCGUAAUAUUAAUGUAAUGUUAACAGUUUAUUAGUUGGCGAAAUACAUGCGUUGAAACAACAA